AUGCCGAUAUCUAGGCAAUUCUUGAAUACCGUAAAACGAAGAAAGAUCCCUAUAUUGAUUGGCGCGAUUUUUGGGUUUAUUUUCUUCUGGUAUCUGAAUGGCCGACAUCGUGGAGCGGAAAUACCAAGAAUUAAACUUGGAAAUGAACCUGUCCAAUUUACCAUCGAAAACCUAUCUGGCAAGCCCUUCGACUAUGACCUCGUCUGGUAUUUGGAUCGUUUCGGAUUAACCGAGGACCAAAUUAAACUCCAGAAAUCAAUACCUAUCAAAUCUUCUGAUGUCACUUUCAUAAUGUACAGCUCAUCAAAUCAUUUCCGGGAAAGUCGGUUGACGCUUCGGCAUUUUAGAAAUUUUUAUAACAAUUCGAUUAUUUAUUAUGAUCUCGGGUUGGACGAGGACCAGCGCGAAGAACUCGAUGAAGUCUGCAACUUGCAAGUCAGAGAUUUCGAUUUUGAGAGCUAUCCGAGGCAUGUGAGACAGUUGACGACAUAUGGGUUUAAGGUCAUCAUUGCUGCGGAAAUGCUACUCGAACAUCCCGCUUUUUGGAUGGUGGACACUUCUGUACAUCUGGAUUCGCCCAAUUGCCUCUCGAAAGUUUAUGAAGCUGUGAAUAACGGGACUGCCCCAGAUUUUGUGAUGGGCCAGGUGGUCGGAAAACAAAUGGCGUAUACAUACCCCGAAAUGUUCGACUACCUCCCUUUCCCUACAAAAUACCACGAUGAACACCAGAGAGAGGCGGUGGUUUUCUACCAUAGGAGUCAGCAGAGCAAAAGAAUAUUGAAAUGGUUGCUACUUUGCGCCCUAACGGAGGGCUGCAUAGCUCCCAGGAAUUCGUUUUUCGAUUGGAUAACUUUUCGGGCAAGCGGGUACCAUAGGUACGACCAGAGUGCGGGUACAAUUCUUCGCAGCGCCUUCAUCCGCCAAAACCCAAUCCAAUUCGCCUACGUUCACGACUGUGCCAAAGUCGAACGCGGAAUGCCUGACGACGAGCCGCUGCAGAAUAUUUGCCACUAU